AUGACGGCGGCGGCGAUGGGAGAGUGUGUGGCUCCGUCGCAAUCUCCCCACGUCUCCGAGCCCCUGCCCGCUGCCCCAUCCCUCCAAACCCAAACCCAAACCCAAUCCCCCGCUCCCGGAACCCCAAUCCUGGAAGAGGUGUCGGCGGAUGCGGCUAUGAAGAAGAGCAAGAUGCAGAAGGUGGCGGCGCUAGCUCUUGCCCAAAACCCUACCUUUGAGGAGGAGGAAGAGCAGGGUGAGGAGGCCGUGCUGGCGGCGGCUACGACGAGGAAGAAGCACAAGGAGCACAUCUCAUCUCCUUCUCUGUCCGCUGCUGCGACUGCGGAAACCCCAACAAUGGAGCAGGAGACGGAGGUGAUUAAGAAACCGAAGCGGAGUAAGGAGGAGGAGCCACCCGGCCACUCCCUUGACCCCGGGCAGGCUCAAUCACAAGGAACAAAGGCUCCCCAUGCCUCCAAUCAUUUACCGGCUGCCACAUUCCUUGAAGCCCUGGCUCAAUCCCCCGCUCCAGGAACCCCAAUGUUGGAAGAGGUGGCCGCCGUGGUGAUGAGUAAGAGGAACAUUUGUAAGGAGCACAAGGUGCCGGAGCUCUCUCUUGCCCAAAUUACUACCUUGGAGGAGCCGAGGGAUGGCACCACGGCGGCGAAGAUGAAAGAGUCCAAGCACAUAAAGCACACACUGUCAUCUCCUUCUACAUCCAUUGCUGCCGAAACCACAAUUUGGGAGGUGACCAAGAAUCAGAAGCACAGUAAGGACCAGGAGCAGUCCAGCUACUCGUUAUUGCCACUUGACCCCGGGCAGACUCAACCACAAGGAUCAAAUGCUCCCCAUGCCUCCAAGCCUCUAUCCGCUGCCCCAUUCCGUGAAUCCCCAGCUCAAUCCCCCACUCCGGGAACCCCAAUGUUGAAAGAGGCGGCUGCAGCGAUGAUGACGAAGAGGAAGAUUUGUAAAGAGCAGAAGGUGCCGGACCUGUAUCUUGCCCAAAAUACUAGCUUGGAGGAGCCGAGGGAGGAUGCCAUGGAGGCGAAGAUGAAAAAGGAGUCCAAGAACAUGGAGCACACACUGUCAUCUUGUUCUACAUCCGUUGCUGCCGAAAACACAAUUUGGAAGCAGGAGUUGAAGGUGACCAAGAAACAGAAGCAGAGGAAGCAGCAGGAGCCAUCUAGCAAGUCACCAUUGCAACUUGAUCCUGGCCAUACUCACUGUGUCCGAUCACAAGGAGGCAAAGCUCCACCGAAACAAGAGCGAGAGGCUGGUGGGCGAAUGGGUAGUAGUAUUAAAAUAAACAAUGGAAAAAGGCCCCGUGUCCUCAGCAAGCGUGAGCUCAUCAAGGAGGCAAGCAAGAAGAAACCGGUGCUGCCUGAAGGCUUUGUGCCGUUCACCGAUUUUGCUAGCAGUUGCACCGAGCAGAACCCUGAUCAUUCAUCAGCUUACAGUGCAUUCUUUGACCAGUUCCGCUAUAACCCUGUCCGUGAAGAUCACAAACCCCCACUUCUUAGAACCCCUGAUCGUGUAGCCAGGCUGCCAUCUCGGGGUCACUCAUCAUUGGAGUCGUCUCCAGGAACCCCAAUGUUGGAAGAGGCGUCCGCAGCGGUGAUGAGUAAGAGGAACAUUUGUAAGGAGCAGAAGGUACCGGAGCUAUCUCUUUCCCAAAUUACUACCUUGGAGGAGCCGAGGGAUGACGCCCUGGCGGCGAAGAUGAAGGAGUCCAAGCACAUAAAACACACACUGUCAUCUCCUUCUACAUCUGUUGCUGCCGAAACCACAAUUUGGGAGCAGGAGGUGAAGGUGACCAAGAAACAGAAGCACACUAAGGACCAAGAGCUAUCCAGCUACUCGUUAAUGCCACUUGACCCCGGGCAGACUCAACCACAAGGAACAAAUGCUCCCCAUGCCUCCAAGCCUCUAUCCGCUGCCCCAUUCCGUGAAGCCACAGCUCAAUCUGCCGCUCCAGGAACCCCAAUGUUGAAAGAGGCGGCUGCGGCGAUCAUGAGGAAGAGGAAGAUUUCUAAGGAGCAGAAGCUGCCGGACCUGUCUCUUGCCCAAAAUACUAGCUUGGAGGAGCAGAGGGAGGAUGCCGUGGAGGCGAAGAUGAAAAAGGAGUCCAAGAACAUGGAGCACACGCUGUCAUCUUGUUCUACAUCCGUUGCUGCCGAAACCACAAUUUGGAAGCAGGAGUUGAAGGUGACCAAGAAACAGAAGCAGAGGAAGCAGCAGGAGCCAUCUAGAAAGUCACCAUUGCAACUUGAUCCUGGCCAUACUCACUGCGUCCGAUCACAAGGAGGCAAAGCUCCACCGGAACAAGAGCGAGAGGCUGGUGUGCGAAUCCGUAGUAGUAUUAAAAUAAACAAUGGAAAAAGGCCCCGUGUCCUCAGCAAGCGUGAGCUCAUCAAGGAGGCAAGCAAGAAGAAACCGGUGCUGCCUGAAGGCUUUGUGCCAUUCACCGAUUUUGCUAGCAGUUGCACCGAGCAGAACCCUGAUCAUUCAUCGGCUUACAGUGCAUUCUUUGACCAGUUCCGCUAUAACCCUGUCCGUGAAGAUCACAAACCCCCACUUCUUAGAACCCCUGAUCGUGUAGCCAGGCUGCCACCUCGGGGUCACUCAUCAUUGGAGUCGUCUCCACUUACUGCAAAUGAGACCUCCUGGGCUGCCAAGUUCAACACCUCUGUAGCAUCCAAGAGAAAGCAUCUAGAUUCGGGCUCAGACUCACAAGAGAAACUAAAUGUAGUAGUAAAGGAGAACCCUCAGAAGAAGAAGAGGGAGAAGAAGCCAAGGGAACCAUCAGGCAAUUCGCUUCCAUUUGACCCCAGCCAGACUUGCUGCAUUCAACUACACAAAGUUCCACCAGAACAGUACCAAGGAGCUGAUGCCCCAAAGGUUGACAAUAUUAAAAAUGGUAAAAGCAAGAAGGGCCAUGUCUGCGCUCCCAGCAAACGCAAGCUUUUCAAGGAGAUGAGCAAGGAGCAGGUGCUACCUGAAGGCCUUUUGGCACCUAGUGACUUCGUUCCCAAUUGUACUGAGCAGAACCCAAUUUAUACAUCGCGUUCUGCCGCAUCCCUUUAUCAGUUCUGCUACGGACCUGCCUGUCAAGAUCGCAAUCCCCAACCUCCUGGAACCACUGAUCGUCUAUCCAUGCUGCCACCUCGGGGCUACCCAUCAUUUGAGUUGUGUGAGCUCUUUACGAAUGGAACCUCCAAGGCUAAUAAUUCUCUAGUUCGAAAGUUAAAGAAGAAAGAUUCAGGUUCAGGCUCCUCCUAUGGCUCACAGGAGAAACUCCAUGCAAAAGAAAAGAAAAACCCUGAGAAGAAGAUGGGGACCACGAAGCAAAGAGAACCACCACCGUUGCUUACCCCUGCUGAGAAGUGCUCAGACAAAUAUAGGCGUGUUUCCCUGGACCAGCUGGUACCACCGCCGCGCUCUCCGCACAAUCUUUUGCAGGAGGAGUAUGCUUCUGAUCCAUGGAAGGUUAUUGUCAUCUGCAUGCUCCUCAACUUAACACAUGGUGAACAGGUCAAGAAUAUUAUUGAGGGGUUCUUCGAAUGCUAUCCUGAUGCUCAGUCUGCAGUUAACGCUGAUCCUGAGAAGAUGGUAGGGUAUCUUGCAUAUCUAGGGUUGCAGCGUGUUAAAACAACUAGAAUCCAGAAAUUCUCCAAGGAGUAUGUUGAAAAAGAAUGGACCUAUAUUACUGAGCUCUGUGGUGUUGGCAAGUAUGCUGCUGAUGCUUAUGCAAUAUUUUGUGCGGGUAGGGCAACGGAGGUGGUGCCUAAAGAUCACAAGUUAGUUGAUUACUGGAAGUACGUCUGCUUUGAGCUGUCCAUGAUGCAGGAAUCGCAAAACGUGUAGAAAGCUGCAGUGACCGAGCAGGAAUUGGCUGUGAUCUGCUAAAAUGGGAAGUUGGGCUGUAGGAUUAUUAGUUAGCGCUGCUGCUAUCUAUGAGGGCAAACCUUUUGUGUGUGAUCACUGAAAGCUUAGGCUGUGAAUCAUCUUAAUUUUUGGCCUUGUUGUACUGAAUGCUAAUUAUUAUUACUACUAGUAAAAGUCAAAUAAGUGGUGACACAAA